AUGGAAAGAACAUUUAUAAUGAUCAAGCCUGAUGGAAUAAAGCGAAGGCUAAUUUCCAGAAUAAUCCAAAGAUUUGAAGAGAAGGGGCUAUAUCUAGCGGCUUCUAAAUGUGUAAUUCCGAAGAGAGAUGUUUUGGAACAACACUAUUCUCAUUUGUCCAGUAAGCCUUUCUUUAAUGAAAUAGUAGAGAGUAUGAUGUCUGGAAUGGUUUUGGCAAUGGUGUGGGUUGGAAAAAAUGCAGUAUCAACGGGUAGAAAGUUAAUCGGGGAAACAGAUCCUCAGGCUGCUUCCAUUGGAACCAUUCGAGGAGAUUAUGGAAUUACAGUAGGAAAAAAUAUUAUUCAUGGGUCGGACACUGUCGAAAAUGCAGAGAGAGAAAUCAAGCUCUGGAUUGGGGAUGAUGUCCAGCCUGUUUCUUUCUUUGAUGAAGCCUGGAUUUAUUAA